AUGGCUUCUUCUCGCGCAGGACAGACCACCCAGAGCGGAGGCAAGAAGCAGCCCAAGCCUUCGUCACCCGUCAAGACGGCCUACCUAGUUCUGUACAACACCUUGUCAGCGGCCGCAUGGUCCGUCGUGCUGUUCCGCACCCUGUCCAUUGCCAUCCAGCAGGAUCCCAAGCUCGUCCACGUCGGGGUGGGGGAGUGGACAAAGUGGACGCAGACGGGUGCUCUUCUCGAGGUCCUGCACUCUCUUCUGGGCAUCGUUCGCGCUCCCCUGAUGACGACGGUCAUGCAGGUCGCAUCCCGUAUCCUGCUUGUCUGGGGCGUCGUCCACCCGUUCCCCGAGGUAGCCCUCUCGACAAACUUCUACUCGUCCAUGCUCAUCGCCUGGUCCGUCACCGAAGUCAUCCGCUACUCCUUCUUCGCCUUCUCGCUCAGCCUCGGCUCGACCCCGGGCCUCCUCACAUGGCUGCGCUACAAUACCUUCUUCGUGCUGUAUCCUCUCGGCAUCACGAGCGAGUGCGCCCUCAUCUGGUUCGCCACCGGUCCUGCCGCCCACCUCCAUCAGCUGUACCAAUAUGCUCUCUAUGCUAUCCUGGCCAUCUACGUUCCCGGCUCCUACACUCUGUAUACGUACAUGAUGAAGCAGCGUGGCAAGGUCAUGCGCGACCUCAAGGUCAAGAAGACGCAGUAA